UUGAUAAACGAUUUUAGUAUUACUUUUUAGGACCACACUAUCAGAUAAUGACGGCUGAGUGCUGACGUUUACCUCGCAGAUUGGUUAGAAAAAGAUUACCGGUGUAUUGUAUUUUCUUCGUAUUACGUACUACAAAACGUGUAUUUAAUAAAUCUAAUAACUACAAAACCUGCAAAAUGAGCUUGGAAAUCGAAUCGAUGGUGCGCUACGCGUCUCCAAUAAACCCGGCCGUGUUUCCACAUCUCACGUUGCUUUUGCUCGGCAUUGGCAUCUUCUUCACGGCGUGGUUCUUCGUCUACGAGGUGACCAGCACAAAGUUGUCGCGCGAUCUGUUCAAGGAACUUCUGUUAUCGCUCGUGGCCGCCCUUUUCUCAGGUUUCGGAAUUUUAUUCCUACUAUUGUGGGUCGGCAUUUACGUAUAAUGACUAGUUUAAGAUAUAUAGUGUAUUACCAUUCCUUUGUAUGAUUGAUUGGACUUGUUUGUGAGCGUGUUUGUUAUUAAAUAUUUUGAUAUACUA